GUAGAUUGAAGGAGAGGGAGCCGUUCUUCCCAAACGAGAAAAAUCCUAAGAAGGAGUAGGAGGAGAAAGAGAUUGUUGAGGGAUUAUCUAAUCUCUCCCGCCAUAAAAGCUCCACUUAUUCCUUGGAACCAGUCGAAAGCUCGAAUCCAUCCAUGAUAAGAAAAGGAAAAGAAGGGAAAUUUUUUUGCUUAAUAAUCUGAUAAACGGUCUCUCCGCAGCAAUUACCGCCAAAGCUUCUUAAGAUAUUCAAGUUUACUGAUGGGAUCAAAGGCAGCAGUAUCCUAGAUUUGUUUUGAGUUGGGAAUAACACGUUACAAUGUACUCAAGGAGAUUCAAGUGUAAGAAUCAUAAAUGGAAUUAUAUGUUUCAACCAUCCAAUUGUUUGAAUAAGCCAAACCAGCGGCAGUUCUCACAUUACGGAUAUUGUCACCAGACAGCUCUACCUGGAUCCCGAAACCACCCUUACCUAAGUAGUAUGCUCCCCAAACUGCCUGUAAAUCCACUCCCAUUGUCAGGUUUAUCUAGCCGAAGUAAUUAUAUUGGGUGGCAUGGGACGUUUGAUACUCGUUUAACGUGUAUAGCAUUGAGGUUCUAUAGUUCUAAAGGUGAUGGACGGAAUGCAAGUGAGGAUAAACAUAUACCGGUAAAAGAUUCUAACUUUGAAAAGGGGAAGACCCGGCGGGAGAAGGUCAAGACAGAUGGGAGGCACAGUGAUGAGCAUGCCCGGCUUGGGGUGCAAGAUCAGAAGGAGUGGCUAAACAAUGAGAAAUUGUCCAUUGAGAGUAAAAAGAAGGAGUCUCCAUUUAUUUCUAGACGGGAAAAGUUCAAAAAUGAGUUUUUGCGGAGGGUGGUUCCAUGGGAUAAAAUUACAGUUUCGUGGGAUACAUUUCCAUAUUAUAUUCAUGAACACACCAAAAACCUGUUAGUGGAAUGUGCAGCUUCCCAUUUGAAACAUAGGAAGUUUGCUGUGUCUUAUGGUUCUCGCUUGGACUCUUCAAGUGGGAGAAUAUUGCUUCAGAGUAUCCCAGGAACCGAGCUUUAUCGAGAAAGACUAGUUAGGGCACUUGCACAGGAUUUACAAGUCCCCCUGCUGGUUCUUGACUGCAGUGUUCUUGCACCUUAUGAUUUUGGUGAAGACUGUGGCUCAGAAAAUGAGUCAGAUGAUGAUAAUGCUGAACUGGGUGAAGAGUGUUCAUCGGAGUCAGAGGAGGAUGAACAUGAUGCAAGCAAUGAAGAAGGAUGGGCUAGUAGCAGUGAGGUGAAAUCAGAUAAUAGCGAUGAUGAUGAGGUUGAUGUGCAAUCACCUGUUGAAGUCCUUAGGAAGUUUUUACCACAUGGUUUUGAAGGCGUUGAAAAGGGAGAUAUUGGAGAAGCAGAAAGUGAUGGAUCAGAGAAGUCGGAUGCUGCUGAGUCUCCAGAGCAAUCAAAACGGUUAUUGAAAAAAGGGGAUCGGGUGAAAUAUGUCGGGCCUGCUGUAUGUGUGGAAGCUGAUAACAGGAUCGUAUUGGGGAAAAUAUCAACUUCUGAUGGUCCAACAAAUGCUUAUACCAUUAUUCGUGGCAGGUCUUUGUCAAGUGGUCAGCGUGGGGAAGUGUAUGAGGUGAAUGGGGAUCGAGUGGCAGUCAUAUUAGAUAAUACUGAAAACAAAACAGAUGGGGAUAAGGAUGAGAAAAAUACAGAACAAGCUGCACAACCUUCAAUUUAUUGGAUACAUGUUCAGGAUAUUGAGCAUGAUCUUGAUAUACAGUCUGAAGAUUGGUACAUAGCCAUGGAGGCACUUUGUGAGGUUUUGCCAUCUUUGCAACCCCUUAUCAUUUAUUUUCCAGAUUCUUACCAGUGGUUGUCAAGGGCUGUUCCCAAGUCAAAACGUAAGGACUUUGUUCGUAAGGUCGAGGAAAUGUUUGACCAACUCUCUGGCCCUGUUGUUUUGAUUUGUGGGCAGAACAAAGUUGAAACUGGAACGGGUUCGAAGGAGAAAGAAAAAUUUACCAUGAUACUACCUAAUUUCAGUCACCUUGGAAAGCUGCCUCUCUCCUUGAAACGACUUACGGAGGGAUUGAAAGCAACAAAAACAUCGCAGGAUAAUGAUUUAUAUAAGCUUUUCAAUAAUGUUUACUGUCUUCAUCCUCCAAAGGAAGAGGAACUACUCAGAACAUUCAAUAAACAAAUUGAAGAUGACAGGAGAAUCAUAAUAUCACGGAGUAAUUUAAUUGAAUUGCACAAGGUGCUAGAGGACCAUGAGCUAUCCUGCAUGGAGCUUUUACAUGCAAAUAUAGAUGGUGUGAUCCUAACAAAGCAAAAAGCUGAGAAAGUUGUUGGAUGGGCUAGAAAUCAUUACCUGUCAACGUGCCUUCUUCCUUCUAUAAAGGGGGAAAAGUUAAAUGUACCCCGUGAAAGUCUUGAAAUUGCAAUUUUGAGAUUAAGGGAGCAGGAAAUGAUAUCCACAAAACCCUCACAAAACUUGAAGAACCUUGCUAAGGAUGAGUAUGAAACCAACUUCGUUUCAGCGGUGGUUCCUCCUGAUGAAAUUGGAGUCAUGUUUGAUGAUAUAGGUGCCCUCGAAGAAGUCAAAAGAACAUUAAAUGAACUUGUCAUUCUUCCAAUGAGAAGACCAGAGCUUUUUUUGCACGGAAACCUAUUGCGGCCUUGCAAAGGGAUACUACUAUUCGGCCCUCCAGGAACUGGGAAAACCCUUCUUGCUAAAGCGCUUGCAACAGAGGCUGGAGCCAAUUUUAUUAGCAUAACUGGUUCAACGCUUACAUCGAAGUGGUUUGGGGAUGCUGAAAAGCUCACGAAGGCCCUUUUCUCCUUUGCCAGCAGGCUGGCCCCUGUUAUUGUAUUCGUUGAUGAGAUUGACAGUUUGCUUGGUGCCCGUGGCGGUGCGUUUGAGCAUGAGGCAACUAGACGAAUGCGAAAUGAAUUUAUGGCGGCUUGGGAUGGGCUAAGGUCAAAAGAGAGCCAAAGAAUUCUCAUCCUUGGUGCAACAAAUCGGCCAUUUGAUCUAGAUGAUGCAGUCAUCCGUCGCUUGCCAAGGAGGAUAUAUGUGGACCUACCAGAUGCUGAGAACCGGAUGAAAAUUCUAAAAAUAGUUCUUUCCAAAGAAAACCUUGAACCUGAUUUCCGAUUUGAUGAGCUUGCCAAUGCAACAGAAGGGUAUUCAGGGAGCGAUUUGAAGAACCUUUGUAUUGCUGCAGCCUACAGGCCUGUCCAAGAAUUUCUGGAAGAAGAUCAAAAGGGAGGUGUGACUAAUGCAGUUCCAGUUCUAAGGCUGCUUAAUUUGGAUGAUUUCAUUCAGGCAAAAUCUAAGGUCGGAGCAUCGGUUGCUUAUGAUGCUACAAGCAUGAAUGAGCUUAGGAAAUGGAAUGAGCAGUAUGGAGAAGGUGGUAGCAGGAGAAAGUCCCCAUUCGGCUUUGGCAACUGACAUGAUGGUUUGUUCCUUUUUCUUCCCUGUUUAUUAUUGUUUAUUUUUAAUUUAUUCUUGGGUAACCCGAUAUGAAUCCUCUUCGGCCAAAUCCCUUUUGCUCCGGUUUUGUAAGAGAGGAGGUUCAUGUAAUAUUAUGUUGCUACGUAUAAGGCCUUCAUCUCCAAAGUUUAGGCCACUAAAAAUGUGUAUAUUAAAGUAAUUAUGCUUAAUCCAUUCCUUUUUAUAAUAAGCGUACUUGGUUUAUAUUUGAGUUAAA